UUAUCCAACAGUUACAGGUUCUGGUCUGCUAGGAGACACUUACAAAUGAGGAGAAAUGUCUUUUGUUCAAUGCACGUCUCCAAUUGGAUCAGAGAAAAUUAAAAAUCUCCAGAUUUGAUGCAUUCGACUGUUAGCAUUUGUUAGCAUAUUAAAUGGGAAUCAAACCCACCUGCUGUGAGAUCUCACGUCACCCGUUCUCACUACGACUCCAGCAUGCAGGAUGCUGAAGCAAGUGCAAUGAAGCAAUACUGUCACGACCUGGCUCCAAGAGAGGUCAUUGAUCUGCGGGAUGAUGAAGAUGAAGAGGAUGAGGAAGGCGGCGCUUCAACACUACGGAUCAGUAACUCUCCCAUCAGGUCCUUCACUCCGAUCUCAGAGGCCAGCGGCUGCCUUAUCGACUUCAAGAAACAGCAUCGAGCCAAGACACUGCGCCAAAGACGAAGAUGAGGACAACAUCCUGCAGACUGAAAUCCUGGAACCAGAGCCUUAACUAAAGACCCCGUCAGGUUGGAUGUGACAUUACCGUUAGAAAAGACUUGUUCUGAAACACCUUCCUGAUGUCACAUAUUUAUGCAGGUAAACAGUGACCAACUGAGCACUUGAAUGUUCAAAGGAAACCACAUUCUGACUCUUUUGUGCCACUAAAUGUUGUGUUUGUU